AUGGCCGAAGGCAUGUUCUAUAAUGCGACAAAUGGCUACGUCGAAGGCAUCGUACGUGGCUACCGAAACACACUCCUCUCUGGCCAAAACUACGGCAACCUGACACAAUGCGACAACAUCGAUGGUAAGCAUAUGUAUACGGCAGAAAAUGGAGGCAGGGCUGACUUGGCCAAUACAGACGUCAAGCUACAACUCGGACCUGCGUAUGGCGACUACCUCGCAGCACUCCCUCCCAACCCUUCCACAUCCGCUCUCGCCGACAAGACACUUGAUAAACUCGUGGCGGAGUUCAGAUAUCUCCAAGCGAACGCCACCGGAAGUUUGGCAAAGUUCAUGGAGUAUCUGACAUACGCAUACAUGAUUGACAAUGUGGCACUCCUCAUUACUGGCACACUUCACGAGCGCGACACAAAGGAACUCCUCGAACGAUGUCACCCGCUUGGCUGGUUCGAGACGAUGCCAGUACUCUGUGUGGCCACGAACAUCGAAGAGCUGUACAACUCAGUCCUGAUCGAAACACCUCUUGCGCCAUACUUCAAGGGCUCUAUCAGCCACCACGACUUGGAUGAGCUCAACAUUGAGAUCAUCAGAAAUACGCUGUACAAGAACUACCUAGAAGACUUCCACCGAUUCGUGAAUGAAGAGCCAGGCAUUGCGGGUACACCAACACAAGAGGUCAUGAGCGAGGUGCUGGAGUUCGAGGCGGACAGGAGAUCGAUAAAUAUCACAAUCAACUCGUUUGGUACGGAGCUAUCGAAGCAGGACAGGAAGAAGCUCUACCCAAACUUCGGACGUCUACACCCAGAGGGCACCCUCAUGCUGUCUCGCGCGGAUGAUGUGGAAGGCGUAAGGAUAGCUGUCGACGGCGUACACGACUACAGGACAAUGCUUGAUCAGACCGGCAUGGGUGGCGGCGGAGGCAUUGGAAACCAGUCUGGCGGCGUUGGAGGCGACGAUGGCAAGAGCUUGGAGGACCUGUUCUACCAAAAGGAGAUGGAGAUCUGCAAGCUGGCCUUUACAUACCAGUUCACACAUGCUGUCGUGUAUGCAUGGGUGAAGCUGCGGGAGCAGGAAAUCAGGAAUAUCACCUGGAUCUCGGAGUGCAUUGCGCAGAACCAGAAAGACCGGGUCAACAACUAUAUUAGUGUGUUUUAG